GUCGUUUCCACCUCUUGCACGUCCCUGAUAUUUCAUCUUCUUCAAAAGUAUAGCACAACACACACAUCAUUCCUUUCUAGCCCUGCAGCUCACACAUCCCUAGCCAUGCUUAACGCCAUCGGACUCUUCAACGGUAUCCUGACAAUCGUUGGCUUUUCGGCGGGUGGCUCCCCACAAUCACGCCCAGGCAUUUCCGUGCAAAUCAGAGCUGGCUACGCACCAAUCGGGAACGAUGUGAAUGAUCUGGGAGGCCGCAUACAAUCUAUCUGGGCCUUCGAUGGCUCCAACUCCCUCAUUGGCCAGUCUGAUGGCGGCAAACUAGACGAAGGCGCAUAUGAUGCGUUUACGAUAGGUCAAGACAAUCCUGCAAAGCUGGCCGAAUACAUCAGCCUCGGGAACAGCGAUGAUGGGACAUGCAUCUCGUGGAUCAAAGUCUCGCAGGUGGACAACUCACCAGGGAACGUCUGGACGGGAGAUGUUGGUGCUGAAUGUGGUCAGCGAUGGUAUAUGGGCGGCCAGUCAGCUGGGAGAUUGCCGAAUGGGGAUACUUAUAUGCCUCGAUGCACCUGGUUUGACUCUGACUUCACGGAUGGCACGCUGAGCGCCGGCAUGAAAUUCCGAGUAAGAGCAUAUGGAGCAGAGGCCGAAGAAACCGUCUCCAAUGAUAGACAGUGCAACUCAACCAUCUUCUCACGAACCACUGCGCCGAUUCCAGGUGAACCAGCAAAGCGUUCAGUCGAUGUUCCUCGCCCGCAAUGGAUUCUAGACCGCCUCGUCGUAUCGAACAUUACGGGCGAGGAUGCCGAACUUCUCUGCAGCUCCAAAACUUCGUGGGGACCAGACUUCGUGGGAGCAGAUGGCAAGUUCUGCGACAUGGAGUCCAAGCAACUUUCACAACUUUGUGAAGUUGCGAAUGUGGACGGAUGUGUUGAGCUUGAUUCCGCUGGCCAGAGCCUGACGAAGAGGACGAGUGUCGCUCGUCGCGAAGUCAAAGCUGUGCAUAAGCAGUACCAACAUAUCACUUACAACUCGGUGUGA